AACUUUGUGCUCUGUCAAACUUAGCAACCUACAGAGGUGAGAAGGAAACAAGGCUAUUUGAAAUAUCGUACAUUUGUGCAAGUGCCCCUCAGCUUUUGUCGCAGCUCUCUCUCCCUGCCGCUUUUUGCUGAGUACACGUAUGUCACGCAAGGUAACGUCACAACCUUACUCGCCGCUCUUUGACACCGACCUCUGCCUAUCACACUGAUACCCUUCCUCACUCUUUCCGAUGUCUUCACGCAGCAAAAAGUCAAAAUUAGAGGCUUUGGCUGAACUAAAGCGUGCCAGAGCCGGUGGAACACGUAGACUGAAGGAGGAAGACGUUCAAAUUUAUGACGAGGUCUCAGAAGACCAGUACAACCGCAUUGUUAAGGGGCGCUUACAGAGAGAUGACUUUGUUGUCGAUGAUGGCGUAGACGGUUACAUGGACAAUGGCAUGGACGAUUGGGCGGAGGCGGAUGCAUAUGACUCGGACGAGGACAUGGAACUGGACAGAAAAGCGACAAAGAAAUCAUCCAAGCCGGAUAACAAGAAAAGCAAAGCCAGACCUAGGCCACCGUCCCCGACUCCCAUUGCACCAACAAUCAGCGCGUACCGGCCGAAAGUUUCGAAGGAUGACGAGGACAGUUUCAUGGCUUCUCUUUUGGGGGACAUGGACGCAGCGCCUAUCCCUGCCGUUCCAAAAUCGCGGAAACGCAAGACAUCUCCUCCAUAUGACUAUGAAAACUCUUCUCCCAUACCCUAUCGCGAUCACAUGUCCUACGCCGACACUUCUUCGGACGGUCCCAUGGAUAGCCCUUUCCCUGAUACCCCGAGCGAAGACCUAAUUUUCAGCCCCAAGAAAAAAGUCAAGACCGACGUCACAGGAAUGACACCGGCCACUCAGCGUCUUUCUCGGAUGAACGUGAAAUCAGGCUCCGACUUGGACAUCCCCGAUGAUUUCGACUUCGACAUGGACGCAUUUGACCAAAUGGACGAUGAUAUUGACGAGUUGAAGCCGGUCAAGAAAGAGCCCGUGGUUGUAUCUUUACCCAAGAAAGAGGAAGCAAAUACUCUACCAUCGUGGCUUUCAGUCUAUGAUUCUCUUGCCGUCGCCGAAUCUGACACGCUGGGUCCUUUGGACUCCUCUUCAUCCGCCGCCAGUAGCAGUAAAAUUGCAGCCUUAGAGCCAGACGGCUCGCUACGUUUCUUCUGGCUCGACUACCUUGAACACGAAGGAAAAUUAUAUUUUGUCGGCAAGCUAAAGGACAAGACCACGGGACUGUGGGUGUCUUGUUGUGUCACGGUUGAAGGGCUCGAGCGUAAUCUCUUUGUUCUACCACGAGAUAAACGGGUACAAGUUGACGAUGAGAACAUGUACGAGACCGAUGAAGUCCCUUCAUUGCAGGAUGUAUACCGGGAUUUUGAUGCGAUUCGGAAGAAGGUCGGCAUCAAGAGCUUCAAAGGCAAGUUUGUCAAACGAAAGUACGCGUUUGGGGAGACGGAAGUUCCUCGGGAAGAGCGUCAGUGGAUGAAAGUGAUAUAUGGUUUUGAUCAACCGCAGCUUCCGAAUACGCUUAACAGCCCUAACAUCUCAAAGAUCUUUGGGUCCAAUACUAGUGCUUUCGAGCUCCUUGUACUCAAAAGGAAGAUUAUGGGUCCGUGUUGGCUUCAAAUCAAGAACCCAAAGAUUGACAAUCAGGGAAUAUCCUGGUGCAAACUGGAAGUCACAGUAUCAGAUCCAAAGGACCUCAAUCCCUUCUCAGACUCUGACCCCAGCAUACCAAAGGACACUCCGCCUUUGACAGUUAUGAGCUUGAGUCUUCGUACGAUCGUUAAUCACGCCGAGAAUAUGAGGGAAGUCGUCUGUGCGACUGCGAGGAUAUGGCAUAAUAUGGCCAUCGAUGACCCGAAACCGCCGGAGCAACUGCCGUGUACCGCUCAAACUUUUGUGCGCCCUCUCGAUCGCUUCCCGCCAAAUUUCGAAGUUUGGGCAAAAGCGAAGGGCAAAGGUCAUAUAUCUACCGCGAAGAACGAACGCAUGCUCCUCAGUAGUCUGUUGGUGGUACUGCAUAAAGCUGACCCCGACGUUAUUGUCGGCCACGAGUUUUUGGGUUCUUCCUUGGACGUCCUUUUGCAUCGUAUGAAAGGUCUGAAAGUCGACCACUGGUCUAGAUUGGGACGAUUUAGGCGAUCUAAAUGGCCCAACAUUGGGAAACAAGGGUCGAACAUCAAGUUCCUUUCUGGACGCAUGCUUUGCGAUCUUGCUAGUGACGGCGCAAAGAGCAUGAUCGCUUCGACGACCUGGUCCCUGACUGAGAUGUGUAAGACGCACCUGAAAAGUGACCGGCAGGACAUCGAUCCUGACGAUACCGCGAGCUACUUUGACAGCAGUGUCAGCGGACCCGACAGACUCAUGACCUUCGUUCAGCAUUGCGAACUGGAUGCCCAUUACCAUAUGGCCAUUGCCUCCAAAGUGCAGAUCUUGCCGUUAACGAAACAACUGACUAACCUGGCGGGAAAUUCUUGGAACAAGACUCUGAACGGUGGACGUGCCGAACGUAAUGAGUACAUUUUGUUGCACGAGUUCCAUAAACUCAAGUAUAUAUGCCCCGAUAAGUCUUGGGGUAAGAAGAGCAAGCCCCAAAAGACCGAGAACGAGGAAGUCGACGGGAAUGGGACAUCUGCCAAAUCAAAGAGGGAUAAGUACAAGGGCGGUUUAGUCUUCGAGCCAAAGCGUGGCCUUUGGGACAAGUUCAUUCUGGUCAUGGACUUCAAUUCCUUGUAUCCCAGUAUUAUUCAAGAGUACAACAUUGAUUUUACUACUGUUGAUUCGAUUGACAACGAGCACGAGAACGAAGAACAGCAUAUACUUGAACCGCCAGGUUCUUCGGUCCCGCAGGGUGUUCUCCCUCGACUCAUUGCCACCCUUGUCAACAGACGGCGGCAAGUUAAGUCUCUCAUGAAGGAUAAAACCGCAACUCCCGCGCAGCUGCUUCAGUAUGAUAUCAAGCAACAGGCCCUCAAGCUUACAGCUAAUAGUAUGUACGGCUGUCUAGGCUUCGAGUAUUCGAGGUUCUACGCGCGACCCUUGGCCGCAUUAACAACGUUCAAGGGACGAGAAAUUCUGACGCAUACGAAGGAGUUGGCAGAAAGCAUGCAGCUUGAUGUCGUUUACGGUGAUACUGAUUCGGUCUUUGUGAACUCUAAUGUCACCGAACUCUCGGAAGCCCUGAAAAUUGCCACUGAAUUCAAGAAAGCCGUUAACGACCGGUACAGGUUGUUGGAGAUCGAUUUAGAUGGCAUAUUCCAGCGGCUGCUGCUUUUGCAAAAGAAGAAAUAUGCUGCUAUCAAGGUCGAGGGUGAUAAGAGGACGUCGACUGAAGUGAAGGGUCUCGAUAUGAAGCGCCGGGAAUACUGUGCUCUCACAAAGAACAUUUCGCAGUACGUAUUGGAACAAAUUCUAUCCGGAGAAACUACCGAAGUCGUAGUGGAACAAAUACAUGAAUAUUUGAAAACCAUUGGGGAGAAUGUCAAGGAGGGAAAGGUCAAACUCGACGACUUUAUCGUUUUUAAGCGGCUCGGUAAAAAUCCGGAAGAAUACCCAAAAGUUCAUGGGCUCCCACAUGUACAGGUCGCCAUGAAAAUGAAGGCGAGGGGUGGGUCGGCAAGAACAGGAGAUGUAAUACCUUACAUCUUUUGCCUGGCUGAAGGGGAGGAGUCGGCGAAGACCGGUCAAGCAGAUCGUGCCAGGCAUCCAGACGAGCUUCGAAAGGCCGGAUCGGAGCUCAAGAUAGAUUAUGAAUAUUAUCUUUCGCAGCAGAUUCUCCCUCCCAUAGAACGACUGUGCGAUCCCAUCGAAGGGACAGAUCGAACACGAUUAGCAGAGUGCCUUGGUCUGGAUCCUUCGCGUUAUCGAACUGCUAUAUCUAGCAGCUUCUCAGAAGAGCGUGCAUUUACUUCUCUAGAUUCGCGGAUAUCAGAUGCAGAGCGGUUCAAAGAUGCCACUCCCUUCAUUGUGCGGUGUCCUACCUGUAGAGGGGAACUGGCCUUCGCCCCGCUCAAUGAUCGCGAUUCGUCAAUCGUUCAUUCUCAUGGUACUGCGUGUCUCAGUCCCACGUGCCAGAAACCGAUACCCUCAGGAAGUCUCCAGCUUCAGCUUGAAAUCCAGAUUAGAGGACACAUCUCGAGGUAUUACGAAGGCUGGACUGUAUGCGAUGAUAGUACUUGUGGUAAUCGGACACGUAUGAUGGGGGUGUAUGGUCGAAGGUGUCUCAAACAGGGAUGCCGAGGAUCAGUGGCUUUUGAGUAUUCCGAUGCUCAACUGUACGAUCAACUUCGUUAUUUCUCCUCCCUUUUCGAUGGAGAACGUGCUGUCAAAGCCGCGACAGGAACGAGUACUGAAGAGGAAGUUUCUGUUCUUGUUUCGCAGCAGGUGGUCCUCUUGAAGACACUGUCGGAUUGUGUGGAUAAGUACUUAGAUCAGUGUAGCCGUCGGUGGGUGGAAAUGGGGGCACUAUUUUCUAUGAUGAAAAUAUAGGUCAUCCUGUACUCGGAAUACUCCAUUUGCAUAGUUGUAUUUAUGGAUAUAUCAUGUUGUAGUUUUAGCAUCUGUCUGUCAGUUUUUAUUCAAAUGACACCAAGUCAC